CUUUUUAUUUUUUGUGUUUAUCGUUUUCUGUUUUUUUUUCACACUCCACAGUGUUUCACCUUCGACUUCCAUUUUCAGAGACCUGGUUUGUAAAGAAAAAGAUGGGCAGAGAAAGCAUAGAAAAAGGAGGAGGGUUAUUAAAUGAUCCUCUGCUGCCUGUUAAACGUAGUGAUGGGUCUUCUGGUGCUGUGGAAUGUAGUAUCAGCAGCAGAGACAGAGCUGGUACAAAUGAAAAUGGAUCUUCUUCUUCAUCAGCUACAACUAUGGUUGUCUUCACCUCCUUGGUUGCUGUGUGUGGAUCCUAUGUUUUUGGUUCCGCUAUUGGAUAUUCCUCACCUGCUCAAUCUGGAAUUAGUGCUGACCUGGGCCUCACUGUGGCUGAGUAUUCGCUAUUUGGUUCAAUAUUGACGAUUGGAGCAAUGGUAGGUGCUAUAGUAAGUGGCAAAAUAGCAGAUUACCUAGGAAGAAGAGGUACAAUGGGCAUUUCCGAGAUAAUCUGUAUUUUAGGAUGGCUUGCCAUAAUUUUCUCAAAGGUUUAUUGGUGGCUCAACCUUGGAAGACUUUUGGUAGGAUGUGGGAUGGGGCUUCUUUCCUAUGUGGUACCUGUAUACAUAGCAGAAAUAACACCCAAGAAUCUUCGAGGAGGAUUUACAGCAGCUCAUCAGUUGAUGAUAUGUUGUGGCGUGUCAAUGACAUAUCUUUUUGGGGCUUUUGUGAACUGGCGGGUUCUGGCUUUGCUUGGAACAAUCCCUUGUCUACUACAGCUCCUAGGCCUGUUCUUCAUUCCAGAGUCUCCCAGAUGGUUGGCAAAGGUUGGUCGAGAAAAGGAGAGCGAAGCUGCUUUGCAGCACCUUAGGGGAAAGAAAACUGAUAUUUCUCAAGAAGCUGCUGAAAUUAGAGAUUACACAGAAGCUCUUCAAAAGCUGUCAGAAGCUAGCAUUAUCGAGUUAUUCCAAUGGAGAUAUGCUCGUUCACUAAUUGUUGGAAUUGGCUUGAUGGUGUUGCAACAAUUUGGAGGAGUUAAUGCCAUUGCCUUCUAUGCAAGUGCUAUAUUUAUUUCAGCUGGUUUUUCAGGCAGUGUUGGUAGUAUAGCAAUGGUCGUUGUUCAGGUCCCAAUGACAGCAUUGGGUGUGCUUUUGAUGGACAAAUCUGGACGGCGGCCACUUCUGCUGGUUUCUUCUGCUGGAACAUGCCUAGGUUGCCUUCUUGUGGGGAUAUCAUACAUCUUCCAGGACCUUCAACAAUGGAAAGAGGCCACUCCCAUUCUGGCGCUUGUUGGCAUACUGGUUUUUACAGGAUCAUUCUCAUUGGGUAUGGGAGGCAUUCCUUGGGUUAUAAUGUCAGAGAUAUUCCCUAUAAACAUGAAGGGCUCAGCAGGAAGCCUGGUGGCACUCGUCAGCUGGUUAGGUUCUUGGAUUGUCUCAUUUGCUUUCAACUUCUUAAUGGAUUGGAGCUCAGCAGGAACAUUUUUGCUAUUCUCAAGCAUAUGUGGCAUAACUGUUCUGUUCAUCGCCAAGUUGGUACCAGAGACUAAAGGACGGACACUAGAAGAAAUACAAGCCUCAAUGAAUCCUUUUCGGGAAAAAGAUGAAUCUGGCAUUCCAUAAGGCAAUGUCAGUUCCAUUCAGUUAAAUUGGAGCAAGCUGGUUGCUCAUGAACAUGGAAGAUUAGUACUAAUUAAUUGGAAGGAUAUAUUGUGCAUGUAUGUAUUUAUAUAUUGUGCAGAUAUGAAUUUUAGCAUCCCAUGUUUGAAAUUCUCCUAGCAAUAAAGGAAACAAUAGUUAAAACCUUGAUGCAGCUAGACUCUGCUGUUGUGGUUAAGUGGAUUAAAGAAGGUUUGUUGAUUAAUCAUCCUUAUUUUGGAGUUGUGGAAAAUUAAUUGUAAGGAUGUGCUCAACCAAAAUCCUGAGUUUGUUAUUAAGCAUGUUUUCCGUAAGUGUAAUUGUGUUGUGGAUGAUAUAGCUAGCAUCAGUUAUAAUCACAGUGUCGAUGUCCAUGUAUAUAUAUAUAUUAUUAUUAUUAUUUAUUUUUGGUGAA